GCUCAGCCAGUAGAAGGUUGUCUAAACGUCUGUUGAUUUGCUUUCAUUUAUUUGCUAACAUAUCCGCCCACAAAAAAUGAACAGAAAAGCGAACUCAUUCCACCGACCGUAUGAGAUAAUCGAAACAGAAGAGACUGUAACCCGAUAUUUUGACCCGUCCCAUUCCAAAGUUCUGAUUAAUUCCACAGACAACAGUUGCCAAACGAAUUCGCAGUGUUGCCGCAAGAGUGGUCCUUCACAAGAACAUCACGAUCCUAAAAUUACCGGGAACGAUAUCCAUCUGCAGGCUCUUCAUGAAAAGUUUAACAAAUUGCGAACGAUAAUGUCUGAGGUGUCGGAAAAGUUCAAAGAAAUCAAUUCGGCUACUCUAAGUAAAUUUUGCGACGAUGUACCUACCGCCGAAGUUGGUGAGAAGAAAAAGCUGCAAGAAAAUUUGGAUUGUGAGGAUCUCAGCAGCAGGGAUUGUAAUGACAUGAAUUUCUUUAAAUUUGAGAAAGUAAGGGUUAGCAUAGACGCGCAAUCAGACCAUAAUGAAUCACUAGCGUUCCCAAAUCGAUUCAAGAGCAAAACCGACUCUGUGCUCAAUGAAAAUUCGAAUGACGUGGAUGCUUCUCUAUUGAACAGAUCUAAAAAUCUUCUAAUCGAUCUAAUUGACAAUGAACUUCAGCGAUUGCAAUCAAGUCAACAAACAUCAUUUCCCGAUCAAUCAAAUCCAGUGCCAAAUGGAAAGCUGUUGAAAAUGGGGUGUAUCGACAGAAUUGCUGAGGAAUUAUCUGUUCUGAAAGGUUUGGAAGUGAUCGAGGAUACAGAUCUCGUUCAGUAAGUUAGGUAAAAUUUACUUUCAUCUUUGAAAGCGCUGAGAUUGGUAUUAUGGUAUUAGGGUCGAAGCUAAUCAUUGAAAUUACAAAAUUUAAGUUCUGGGUGGUAGAUUGUAAGACUUGCGUCUGUAGUAGUACUUAUUGUAACAAAUAAAAAUGGCAAGACAUUAGCUGGAGCUCGUUGUCGAUAAUAACACAGGACUCAGUUGUUUCUAAAAAG